AUGCGCUGGGACUCUGUCCGCCCCUUGAUGGACGGCGUUCCCAUCCAUGACGCUCCCUGCCGCAUGGCAUACGACCUUUGGGGCCACAAGGACCAAGGAAGCGCGGCGGCCACCCGAGAUUCAGGGAUUCAAUCGAUUAAAUACUCCGCGCGGCCGUUGCGAUUUUGCUCAGUGUUGCCGGAACCCGGUUCCGGGACUCAAGCUUUGAAGCUCGCGGGAUCCUGGGAGAAAGAGUCGAAAUACAUAACUACAAUCGUCGUUCAAUUCGACGCAGCCUUUAUGGAAUCAAGCUCUUCUGAAUCUCAGCAAAAAAAUCCGGGGGAAGCUCCCCUUGUUUCCUCCGCAAAACUAUUUUAG